AUGGCUUCAAAUAACAACGUUCAGUCUAGCCUACCUAGCAACUCGCCGACUGGGUCUUAUCUCGAGAUCCGAUCUCUCUCAAGUAGUGACAAUGGCUGGACUGCUGUUGACUUCCCCGUCUCGAGGCACUCCCUCGGUUCAUAUGUCGAGGCCAACAACAAUGCCAUCUUCAACCCCAGUCAGACUUUGCAUAUUCGCAGUGCAUCAGACUCUUCGAAUGAUGAUGCUAGCUCCGCACAAUUGUCAAGUAGCUACGAGGAAAUUCCUUUCCCUCUGUUCUCUCCCGUCUCCGAUGGUUUCAGUGCCGGAGACUACGUUCAGCACAGAUCGCAUCACACCAGAAACUUCUCAUCCGACUAUGAGCACGACUACUCGUCUCACUCGACCUCUUCGUCGCCUUUGGCAAGUCCUGCAGAUGGUACCCGCCCUUCGACAUCUCAAGCAGUACAAGCUUCCACCAUCUCGUCCAAUGCCUCAAGCCCGGUUUCGCCUCCAUUGAGAAAGCGAAAGACCCCUAUCAACGCUCUAGCCAAGACCACCAAGUCGGCCAUCAAGAAGGCCACUCCUCCUGCUCGCAAGGAUGGUGCACCUGAGAAGCGUGUCGGUAAGAGAAAGGGUCCUCUCCGUGCCGACCAACGCCAGCAGGCGCAUGAGAUCAGAAAGCUCCGUGCUUGUCUUCGUUGCAAGUUCCUCAAGAAGACUUGCGACAAGGGUAACCCAUGUGGCGGUUGUCGCCCAUCUCAUGCUCGCCUCUGGCAAGUCCCUUGCACUCGUAUCGACAUCAAGGACAUUGGUUUCUUCAUGAAGGACUGGAAAGCCGAUUACGAGCGUCACGUCAACCUUGGCGUUUCAGCUGCAAACAUUAAAGGUUUCUCACCCAACGAGCGUACUGUCUACAUCACUCACGGCUAUGGGUACCUUCUGCCGAUAAACGUCCGCGAAGUCUACGUCAAAGAUGACGCCUGCUUCAACAUCGAUUGGUCAGAGAAGAUUACUGACCCCAUUCAAUUCGAGGCGCAUACGUCCAAGCUGUCUGCAGGUAUGGAAGGCGUUUCAGCUUCGAGCCUGUCGGACUACCUGGACUGCCAUCUUGACAACGGCUUCGAAUCCUUCGUCGAUGGAUACUUCGAUGGCACCCCUUUCUUAACCGAGAUGCUCAAGACUGCCUACCACUACUGGGUCAAGUCCAAGUCGUUGGUGAUCCGCAAAGCACUCAAAUUGGUUCUUGCAUACAACUUGACGCUUCAUAUCACUAUGAUUGAGGGCUUAUCUGAGGAGGAGGCCAAUGUUGGUAAGAUUGAGGAUGAGGAGAGCAAGUUCUGCGGUAAGACCGUAGCACCUGGCAUGAUCAACUUCCAGGUCAAGAUUGCCUUGGCCGAUAUGUGGAGAGAGUUGCAGAAGGAUGUGCUCGAGGAGCUCUCGGCGCUCUACUCAUCUGUCUACAGCGGAGAGAAGCUCAAGAACUGGCCUACUAUCUUCAUGCUUGCAGCCAUCCUUCUCGCCGUGUGGGAAGAGAUGCAGUUCGAUGCUCACUACCGCACUCCCGACGAGUCUGCUGUGAACCAAUUCUGCAACGACAUGGAAAGCACUCCCGUCGGUGUCAUCGUCGGUCUCUUCCAAGCUAUCAGCCAGAAACUGCCCAACUUCAUGGACUGGGAUACUCGCAGCCACCACCAACUUCUCAACUCUGACCCUGCCAUCUGCGAUGCUUUGACCGAGGUAAAGGAACACGUUACCAAGCAUGAAAAAUACCUCCGAUCAAGAUCGGAUGCCAAGUUCGACCGUAACGACUUCGACUGUCUCUCGAACAAGUUCCUGGCCAGACUCGUCAUUCGCGCAAACUGA